ACACUUCUCACAGGAGGCCGGAGUCAGGGGGCCGGUCUCCUUUCCUCCAUCCUGAGCUGAGCACGCAGGAGCGUACCUCUGAGCUCAGGGGACCUCCGGACCCACAAUAUGGACAGUGGACACCUGGGUCUGAGUCUGAGGACAAGAAAUAGAAGGUGCACCAACCAUGACGCCGCAGCCCCAAGUGGAGACAGAUGCCAUCGGGGCCGGCGAGGGGCCGCAGCAGGCAGUGCCCUGGUCGGCCUGGGUCACGCGGCAGGGCUGGGUGCGCUGGUGCAGGUGCCACGUGCCUCGGAGCUGGGCCCAGUGGUGGACCACGUCGGGCUGGCGGCAACCAUUUCAGCGUGUGCUGAGGGGUCUGGAGGGGAUCCUCUACCUGCUGCUGUCGCUGAUGCUGUGCCACGCGCUCUUCACCACCGGCUCCUACCUGCUGAGCUCCUUGUGGCCUGUCGCGGCCGCAGCGUGGAGCCAUCUGCUGCCAGCUGUCCUGCUGCUGGUGCUCAGCGCUCUCCCGGCCCUGCUCUUCGCCGCCUCCUUCCUGCUGCUUUUCUCCACGCUGUUGAGCCUCGUGGGCCUUCUCACCUCCAUGUCUCACCCAGACUUCGCUCAAGACUCGGACCAAUAGAAGGGCAACCCCA